AUGUCAUUGAAGCAGAGGGUCGUUGGUCUCCUCGCCGUGGGAGGCGAUGUUCUCACCGCCGUCAAUGCUGCAUCGGGGCUGUUCCCUCCUUUACAAUUUGCCACUCGUGCCACACUCCUGAUCCUCAGCGAGAUCAAACAGUGCAAACUUCCUUCGGGUGAUAAAAUCCCUGCUAUCGCCUUGGGGACUUGGAAAUCGAGGCCAGGAGAGACCGAACUUGCCCGUUUCACCGACCGGAAGACAUGGGGGGGAAUUCUCGACCGAACAUUGACCGCGUUGCAGACAUCAUAUCUUGAUCUAUAUCUGGUCCACUGGCCCGUUGCUUUCGAGAAGGGGACCCGGGAAGUAGACGCGGAUCUCACUGAGAAUCCUUGUACGACGGUGGUGGAGAUGGUGGAUAAAGGGAAAGUACGCAACAUUGGAGUCUCGAAUUUCAAUAGUCGGCGCCUCGAAAAUUUAACUGCCAGUCCACUCAAAUAUCAGCCUGCGGUGAAUCAAGUUGAAACUAAUUGGCUCAACUCACGACCCAAACUUCUCGAGUGGUCUAGAAACAAUGGAACCCUUUUAGAAACAUACUCGCCGCUUGGGAGCGAUAGGCAAGUCAAAGACAGUUUCACUAUUAUCUCUUGGCUGAAGCAACGUGGGGUGGUUGUAUUACCGAAGAGCGUUAUUCCGCCAGGGAUUCAAGAGAACAUCCAAGUGUUUGAGCUUCCGCGAGAGGCUUUUGACAAGAUCGAGAAAUCCGCCACGUCGCACAAACCUCAAAGGGUAGUCAACCUGUCGGAGCAAUGGGGACAUGAUAUUUUCAAGGACGAGUAA